GUAACUAGACACAGAGUUCCCAAAGGCCAUACUAAAAUAAAAUAGAAGGCAAUGUUUUAAUCAAAAUUAGGAUUAUGUAUGUAGUUUUUUUUUUCUUCUAAAUGCAUGACAUUAAAAUUCUUAGUUUAACAAGAGGGAUUGAAUGGUUUGCUAUCAUAUUUAUAAAGAGAAAGUUGGUAAAAAAAAUCGAUUAUAUUAUUAGUGUGGUGAACAAUUCAGAAUUUAGAAUAAUUUAGCAACUCCUAAUCUCUCUAGCAAAUUCUGAAUCACUUUCUUCAAUGUAUUCUUCUUCUUCAUCUUCUACCCCCAAGUUUGAUGUCUUCCUGAGUUUUAGCGUAGAAGCCGAAACUUUAGUCUCGGAUCUUCGCAGUUCGUUUUCUGAAAAUGGCAUUACAAUGAAAGAUGACGAUCUAGAGAAGGGAGUCUCGUCCUUAGGUUCUGAGCGAAGCGAAGGUAUCAGGGAGUCAAAAGUCGCUGUUGUGGUGAUCUCCCAGAGCUAUGCGAUCUCUGCUCAGUGCCUGAACGAGCUCCAAACGAUAGUAAACUUUCACGAUGAACGCCGUAUCUCCAUUCUGCCCAUCUUCUACGGAGUUGAUUAUGAUGAUGUAAGAAACCAGAUUAAAGAACUCGCAGCGUCCUUCAGAAAGCUUGGUAAAGAAUAUCCAUCUGAGAAGGUUCAAGCAUGGAUGAUUGCUCUUAUCAAACUCAUCAACAUAUCCCGCUCAGAUUCACGAAUCCAUGACGACGAGACUACGAUCGAUAUGGUUAUUACAAGUCAGGUCAAGCAAAUUCUAUUGGAUAAGGAUAAGCAGAUCAAUCUGAAAGCAACCAUCUCGCAUACUGUCUCAAACAAGCAGAUCAAUUCAUUGACAACAAAAAACGUUGGACUGAUCGGGUUGGAUCGUCAUAUGCUAGCACUGAACGAAUUGUUGGAUUUAAAAUCUAACGAGGAAGUUCGCUUGAUUGGGAUUUGCGGUCAAGGAGGCGUCGGCAAGACCACGCUAGCGAGAUAUGUGUAUGAAGAACUAUUCAAAAACUUCCAUGCCCAUGUGUUUGUAGACAAUGCCGGAAAGAUUUAUAAGCAAGAUACCGAUGAGUCACAUUCACAAAAAUCUUUAACAUCAAAGGAGAUUCAAGAGGGCACUCAAACGGUGACAAGGACUCUGACUGUGGCCUCUGAUUUUAUCAAAUCGACGGUUUCACACCAGAGAAGUUUGCUAGUCGUUGAUUGUGUAGAUAACAUCAAACAGUUAGAGGAAAUCGCAAACAUUGUCGGCUUGUGUUUUCCUGGAAGCAGAGUCAUCCUUGUUACACAGGACAAGAAAUUGCUAGAUGACUUUGGUGUGGAGCAUGUCUACGAGGUCCAGUCUCUGAGAUACGAUGAAGCUCUUCAAGUCUUCUCUCAAUCUGCAUUCAACCAGCAACACCCUCCAGCUAGUUUUGAAUCACUCUCCUUUCGUGCUGUCCGGGUAGCUGGUUUCCUUCCUCUGCUUCUUAAAAUCCUCGGUUCUUCUUUACAAGACAAGGAUGGCAAGUAUUGGGAGAAGGAACUGCAAAGACUGGAGGGAGGCCAAGAAAAAGCAAUUAUGGAAGUAAUGAAGAAAAGCUGCACAAGAGAAAAAGUCCCUACAUUUAUCUUUCCUCUAAACUGAUGAAAUUCUCCACCACAGGGAGAUGUUGGUAUUCCAAACUCGAUCAACAAUGCCAACUGAUAGAUGAGUUGUCAUGAAUCAUGAUGUAUGAUAGAAAGUUUUUGCUAUGUAAAAUAUCUCUCUUAUGGUUUUUUGAAAUUUUAUUGUCUCCAUCUCAAGGCUAAGCUAAUGAAAGUAGUAACACAAAAGUGCAUAACCUGGUAAAGCUUGUUGAGUAGAAGCAGAGCAAUGUAUAGUAAAUAGGAAUAGGAUUUACGUCGUUGAAGCAAAAUUUACAAAGCAGAGAUUUUUCCAAUGUUUUCUAGAGUUCAGAGUAAUCACAAAGAUUUCACAUGUUCAA